AGGUCUGACCAGUGCAACCAGGAACAGACGGAGCACUGGCGGGAACACCAGCCCCUCCACCCCUAGUCACGACACAUCUGAAGGAAGUGGUCUGACCAGUCCAAUCACGGACAGCUGGAGCACUGACAGCAACACCAGCCCCUCCACCCCUAGUCACGACACAUCUGAAGGAAGUGGUCUGACCAGUCCAAUCACGGACACCAGCCGGAGCACUGACGGGAACACCAGCCCCUCCACCCCUAGUCACACAACAUCUGCGCCCCCUGGACCUAUCAGUGAUCUGAGCGCUGGGACUCUAAACACCACAGCAAUUAAGCUGGAAUGGAACAAACCAGAGAACUACCAGAAUACUUACCAGUACCAAGUCCAGACCUCUGGCUGUAUAUCUCCAACCCGCAACACCACAACAACACAGGAAGAGGUCAUCAUAACCAACCUGCCUACAGGAACCAAUUGCACAUUCAGUAUCUCUGCCGAGGUUAAUGGCGCCAGGGGAGUGGAAGUCUCUGUCUCCAAUUAUACCUGGCCAGAGACUGUGCAGCCGCUCAUCUCAAACCAGUCCAACAACUCCAUCACAGUGUCAUGGAAUGCUCCUGAUGGAAAUGUGGAGUUCUAUGAGGUUCUCCUGAACAGCAGCAGCAACAGCAGCAGUAGUGUUCUACUGAACUCAAGUCACAGCACCUAUGAGUUUCAGAACCUGACAGCUGGAAAGAUAUACACAGCCACAGUCCUAACAAAGAGUGGGAUCUUUAGUGAAAAGUCUGAGCAAGUUACCAAUGCAACAUAUCCCAAUCCUCCAGGAAGCAUCAACAUAACCAAUGCAACUACAAACUCCAUUUCUAUUGUGUGGGCUCCAGCCCCCUGGAUGGAGAACUCAGACGAUUUUAGCUACACUGUCACCAUCAGUAAUUCUUCCUUGCCCAGAGAGUUUAAUACCCAAAUCACAUCCCAGGACCUGACAGACCUUAUACCAGGAACAUAUUACAACAUCUCUGUGAGAACAACUGGACCACUCGGCUUCCAGAGUGAACGUGUUGUGAAAAACGCUUUAACAAGGCCAGAGACUGUGCAGCCGCUCAUCUCAAACCAGUCCAACAACUCCAUCACAGUGUCAUGGAAUGCUCCUGAUGGAAAUGUGGAGUUCUAUGAGGUUCUCCUGAACAGCAGCAGUAACAGCAGCAGUAGUGUUCUACUGAACUCAAGUCACAGCAGCUAUGAGUUUCAGAACCUGACAGCUGGAAAGAUAUACACAGCCACAGUCCUAACAAAGAGUGGGAUCUUUAGUGAAAAGUCUGAACAAGUUACCAAUGCAACAUAUCCCAAUCCUCCAGGAAGCAUCAACAUAACCAAUACAACUACAAACUCCAUUUCUAUUGUGUGGGCUCCAGCCCCCUGGAUGGAGAACUCAGACGAUUUUAGCUACACUGUCACCAUCAGUAAUUCUUCCUUGCCCAGAGAGUUUAAUACCCAAAUCACAUCCCAGGACCUGACAGACCUUACACCAGGAAGAUAUUACAGCAUCUCUGUGAGAACAACUGGACCACUCGGCUUCCAGAGUGAACGUGUUGUGAAAAACGCUUUAACAAGGCCAGAGACUGUGCAGCCGCUCAUCUCAAACCAGUCCAACAACUCCAUCACAGUGUCAUGGGACGCUCCUAAUGGACGUGUGGAGUUCUAUGAGGUUCUACUGAACAGCAGCAGCAACAGCAGCAGUAGUGGUCUACUGGACUCAAGUGCCAGGUCCCAUAUGUUUCAGAACCUGACAGCUGGAAAGAUAUACACAGCCACAGUCCUAACAAAGAGUGGGAACUUUAGUGAAGAGUCUAAACAGGUUACCAGUGCAACAUAUCCCAAUCCUCCAGGAAGCAUCAACAUAAACAAUACAACUACAAACUCCAUUUCUAUUGUGUGGGCUCCAGCCCCCUGGAUGGAGAACUCAGACGAUUUUAACUACACUGUCACCAUCAGUAAUUCCUCCUCGCCCAGAGAGUUUAAUACCAAAAUCACAUCCCAGGACCUGACAGACCUUACACCAGGAACAUUUUACAACAUCUCUGUGAGAACAACUGGACCACUCGGCUUCCAGAGUGAACGUGUUGUGAAAAACGCUUUCACAAGGCCAGAGACUGUGCAGCCAUUCAUCUCAAACCAGUCCAACAACUCCAUCACAGUGUCAUGGAAUGCUCCUGAUGGAAAUGUGGAGUCCUAUGUGGUUCUACUGAACAGCAGCAGCAGCAGUAGUAGUAGUGUUCCACUGGACUCAAGUGCCAGGUCCCAUAUGUUUCAGAACCUGACAGCUGGAAAGAUAUACAAAGCCACAGUCAUAACACAGAGUGGGCGCUUUAGACAAGAGUCUGAGCCAGUGACCAAUGCAACAUAUCCCAAUCCUCCAGGAAGCAUCAACAUAAACAAUACAACUACAAACUCCAUUUCUAUUGUGUGGGCUCCAGCCCCCUGGAUGGAGAACUCAGACGAUUUUAACUACACUGUCACUAUCAGUAAUUCCUCCUCGCCCAGAGAGUUUAAUACCAAAAUCACAUCCCAGGACCUGACAGACCUUACACCAGGAACAUUUUACAACAUCUCUGUGAGAACAACUGGACCACUCGGCUUCCAGAGUGAACGUGUUGUGAAAAACGCUUUCACAAGGCCAGAGACUGUCCAGCCGUUCAUCUCAAACCAGUCCAACAACUCCAUCACAGUGUCAUGGAAUGCUCCUGAUGGAAAUGUGGAGUCCUAUGUGGUUCUCCUGAACAGCAGCAGCAGCAGCAGCAGUAGUGUUCCACUGGACUCAAGUGCCAGGUCCCAUAUGUUUCAGAGUCUGGCAGCUGGAAAGAUAUACAAAGCCACAGUCAUAACACAGAGUGGGAUCUUUAGACAAGAGUCUGAGCCAGUGACCAAUGCAACAUAUCCCAAUCCUCCAGGAAGCAUCAACAUAAACAAUACAACUACAAACUCCAUUUCUAUUGUGUGGGCUCCAGCCCCCUGGAUGGAGAACUCAGACGAUUUUAACUACACUGUCACCAUCAGUAAUUCUUCCUUGCCCAGAGAGUUUAAUACCAAAAUCACAUCCCAGGACCUGACAGACCUUACACCAGGAACAUUUUACAACAUCUCUGUGAGAACAACUGGACCACUCGGCUUCCAGAGUGAACGUGUUGUGAAAAACGCUUUCACAAGGCCAGAGACUGUCCAGCCGUUCAUCUCAAACCAGUCCAACAACUCCAUCACAGUGUCAUGGAAUUCUCCUGAUGGAAAUGUGGAGUCCUAUGUGGUUCUCCUGAACAGCAGCAGCAGCAGCAGUAGUAGUGUUCCACUGGACUCAAGUGCCAGGUCCCAUAUGUUUCAGAGUCUGGCAGCUGGAAAGAUAUACAAAGCCACAGUCAUAACACAGAGUGGGAUCUUUAGACAAGAGUCUGAGCCAGUGACCAAUGCAACAUAUCCCAAUCCUCCAGGAAGCAUCAACAUAAACAAUACAACUACAAACUCCAUUUCUAUUGUGUGGGCUCCAGCCCCCUGGAUGGAGAACUCAGACGAUUUUAACUACACUGUCACCAUCAGUAAUUCUUCCUUGCCCAGAGAGUUUAAUACCAAAAUCACAUCCCAGGACCUGACAGACCUUACACCAGGAACAUUUUACAACAUCUCUGUGAGAACAACUGGACCACUUGGCUUCCAGAGUGAACGUGUUGUGAAAAACGCUUUCACAAGGCCAGAGACUGUCCAGCCGUUCAUCUCAAACCAGUCCAACAACUCCAUCACAGUGUCAUGGAAUGCUCCUGAUGGAAAUGUGGAGUCCUAUGUGGUUCUCCUGAACAGCAGCAGCAGCAGCAGUAGUAGUGUUCCACUGGACUCAAGUGCCAGGUCCCAUAUGUUUCAGAGUCUGGCAGCUGGAAAGAUAUACAAAGCCACAGUCAUAACACAGAGUGGGAUCUUUAGACAAGAGUCUGAGCCAGUGACCAAUGCAACAUAUCCCAAUCCUCCAGGAAGCAUCAACAUAAACAAUACAACUACAAACUCCAUUUCUAUUGUGUGGGCUCCAGCCCCCUGGAUGGAGAACUCAGACGAUUUUAACUACACUGUCACCAUCAGUAAUUCUUCCUUGCCCAGAGAGUUUAAUACCAAAAUCACAUCCCAGGACCUGACAGACCUUACACCAGGAACAUUUUACAACAUCUCUGUGAGAACAACUGGACCACUUGGCUUCCAGAGUGAACGUGUUGUGAAAAACGCUUUCACAAGGCCAGAGACUGUCCAGCCGUUCAUCUCAAACCAGUCCAACAACUCCAUCACAGUGUCAUGGAAUGCUCCUGAUGGAAAUGUGGAGUCCUAUGUGGUUCUCCUGAACAGCAGCAGCAGCAGCAGCAGUAGUGUUCCACUGGACUCAAGUGCCAGGUCCCAUAUGUUUCAGAGUCUGGCAGCUGGAAAGAUAUACAAAGCCACAGUCAUAACACAGAGUGGGAUCUUUAGUGAAAAGUCUGAGCAAGUUACCAAUGCAACAUAUCCCAAUCCUCCAGGAAGCAUCAACAUAAACAAUACAACUACAAACUCCAUUUCUAUUGUGUGGGCUCCAGCCCCCUGGAUGGAGAACUCAGACGAUUUUAACUACACUGUCACCAUCAGUAAUUCUCCCUUGCCCAGAGAGUUUAAUACCAAAAUCACAUCCCAGGACCUGACAGACCUUACACCAGGAACAUUUUACAACAUCUCUGUGAGAACAACUGGACCACUCGACUUCCAGAGUGAACGUGUUGUGAAAAACGCUUUCACAAGGCCAGAGACUGUCCAGCCGUUCAUCUCAAACCAGUCCAACAACUCCAUCACAGUGUCAUGGAAUGCUCCUGAUGGAAAUGUGGAGUCCUAUGUGGUUCUCCUGAACAGCAGCAGCAGCAGUAGUAGUAGUGUUCCACUGGACUCAAGUGCCAGGUCCCAUAUGUUUCAGAGUCUGGCAGCUGGAAAGAUAUACAAAGCCACAGUCAUAACACAGAGUGGGAUCUUUAGACAAGAGUCUGAGCCAGUGACCAAUGCAACAUAUCCCAAUCCUCCAGGAAGCAUCAACAUAAACAAUACAACUACAAACUCCAUUUCUAUUGUGUGGGCUCCAGCCCCCUGGAUGGAGAACUCAGACGAUUUUAACUACACUGUCACCAUCAGUAAUUCUCCCUUGCCCAGAGAGUUUCAUACCAAAAUCACAUCCCAGGACCUGACAGACCUUACACCAGGAACAUUUUACAACAUCUCUGUGAGAACAACUGGACCACUCGGCUUCCAGAGUGAACGUGUUGUGAAAAACGCUUUCACAAACACUAUGGGACUCACAGAAGAUGAGCUUGAAUGUCAUGCUCCAAACCGAAGUACAAAUCCACUCCUUAAUCUGAGAUGGAAAAACCCUAAAGGAUCCAACACUGGAUUCGAAAUUACAGUCAAGAACAAGAAGUUCGUAGUCUAUGAUGAGCACCAGGACACGUGCAAUAAAGAAUGUGAACUCAACUUGACCACACAUCUUGCAUACGACACUGAAUACAGUGUGACUGUACGGACAAAGGGAAAUGGGGAGCGUGAGAAAUGGGGACAUGUCACCAAGACCUGCAAAACAGGGGUCACAGAGCCACCUGUUGUGACUGGCAAAGACAAGAUAGACAUCAAAGUGAUUUCCCACAAUCAAAUUCUUCUGAGUCUUGACCCUAGCUUCUUGGAUUCCUCGAAAGGCUUAAUACGGGACUAUGGUGUCCUGGUGUCACAGAGAAACAAUCCCAAUUUCACUUCAACAUUUUUACGUAAGAGUUAUAGUGAUUGGGAGAAAAAUAAGGACUUAAGUUACCUUUCUGUUUUAAACCAUAAUGGAAACACGCGUAGUCAAAUGGACAGGAUUGAUAUCCAUGUGGGAAGCGGAGAUGGACGAGAAAAAUACAGAAAUGGCCCACUGACCCCUACUAAAACAUACAGUUUUGCCAUUGUCACCUUUACUUGUUUGGAGAUCACAGAUGGCCUUGUGGACAUUGACCAAUCCAUUUACUCCAUAUCCAUAACCUCAAGCUGGUCUGCAAGUGUCCCUCAGGACAAAUUGGUCAUCAUAACAGCUGUGGGGACAACCUGUGGGAUUUUGAUCCUCUGUCUGUGCGUUGCUAUAGCUGUGCUCAUCUUCCUAAAGAGGAGAGGUUCUGGAAGACCAUCUUCUGACAUUCCAAUUAAUAUCAUCAGUAGUGUGCCUGUGCGGAUUGAGGAGUUUGAUGCAUACUACAAGAGGCAAUGUGCCAACAGCAAAUGUGGCUUUGCAGAGGAGUAUGAGGAUCUGAAGCCAGUCGGUACGGCCCAGUCUACAGCCACUGCCAGGGCUUUGGAGAACAAAGCAAAGAACCGAUACAGCAAUGUACUGCCUUAUGAACCAUCCAGAGUGAAGCUAUCCAUCCUUGGCAGUCAGUUUGAUGACUACAUCAAUGCAAACUACAUCCCGGGGGCAAACUCCAGGAAGGAGUUUAUCGCAUGCCAGGGUCCUCUGCCUGCCACAGUCAAUGACUUCUGGAGGAUGAUCUGGGAGAAGAAUGUCAGGUCCAUAGUCAUGCUGACCAGGUGCAACGAGCAGGGACGAGUGAAAUGUGAACAGUACUGGCCACCGGAAAAUAAGCAUUACAACAACAUCAUUGUCACAACAACUUCUGAAAUCACUCUUGAUGACUGGACCCUGAGAGACUUUGACGUCAAAAAUGUGAAGACGGCAGAGACUCGUGCCGUGCGUCAGUUUCACUACACAGCCUGGCCCGAUCACGGCGUCCCGGUGACCACCGAGCUCCUCAUUAACUUCCGCCACCUGGUCAGGGAGCACAUGGACCAGUACUCUCUCCACUCGCCCACUGUGGUGCACUGCAGUGCUGGAGUGGGCCGCACAGGAACCUUCAUCGCCAUCGAUCGCAUCAUCUUCCAGAUUGAGCGGGAGAGCAUAGUGGAUGUGUUUGGCAUCGUCUAUGACAUGCGAAUGCACCGUGCACUCAUGGUCCAGACGGAGGACCAGUAUGUGUUUCUGAAUCAAUGUGCUCUGGACGUCAUAAAGUCCAGGAUGGGGACCAACGUGGACCUGAUCUACCAGAACACAGAAGCAAUCAACAUCUAUGAAAACGUUAAGCCUGGCAAACUAUAAGUUGAGAAUGUUGAUGUAGGGGCAUUUGCUGGAGGAGAGGAUACACAGUAAAUAACCAUAAAACUGCCUUUGAUCCAGCCAGAUUGAAUUGGUUUAAAACCAAUUGCCCUAAUUUAAAUGUUGGGCAAAGUCUAAAGUCUAACCAAUGCUUGCAUAAUAAUUACGCAAGAUCUAUUCGCAAAUUUAACACCAUGAGAAAGAUUCUAAGCACAAACUAGAAAAUCACUCAGAGAGCGCAGACUUUCGCCAAGCGAAAACAUAACCUCCUCCCGGAUCCAGACAGUGAUACGGAUCACUCCCAAAAUAUAAUAAUUUCUUCCUUGUCAUUUCAGACCUUCCCUGAAAAUGUUAUUGAAAUCCAUCCAUAACUUUUUUAGUUAUCUUGUGAACAAACAGACAAGCAAACAGACAGACAGAUAGACAGACAGACAAACAAAAAAACCCUGAUGAAAACAUAACCUCCUUGGCGGGGGGUAAUAAUGGUGGGUCAACGAAAAGCUUAUUCACGCCACAUAAAACCAGUAGUUCUUUGCCCACAGAUACUUUGCACUUUGUCCGACAUUCAAAUUAGGGCCCCAGGGCUAUAAAUGCAGGAGUGUAGCAGCAUACAACAGCUAAUGGGCAUUUGGUAUUUUUAGUUUAACUGAUGGGUGAAAUCAAAUUGAUAAUGUUAGCUGUUAAUAAUGUGGAAGAACAAUUAUGCAGCACAUGAUGGGCAUCGGUUUUGUUUUAAAAACAAACCAGAAAAAGAGGGGGGUUAUUGUGAAAGAAGGCCUGGCCUGGCCUGGGCUACCAUGAAAGGUUUGGGAACCACUAAUUUAUCAGAACUGGAUGUCUAAUACACAGCUUGCACUUCUUUAUUCUAUACUUCUCAUCUGUAUUUGAGAAACAGAGAGAGAGAGCAAGAGAGAGAGAGAGAGAGAGAGAGAGAGAGAGAGAGAGAGAGAGGAUGGUGAUGCGUUGAGUGUAUUUUUGAAGACCUUUGGUGGACUUUUGCUUUUAGCGUUGAGUGUGGUCUAUCUUGCCUUGAUAUCUAUGCACUGAUCUUCUAAUAACUGCUUAAACAUGUUACUGUGAGGUGUGUAUUUUAGCUUAUGUUGAUAUAUUGACUUCAUACUACUAGUGUACUUGCACUGUCUUUUCACUGUGCCAUGCUGUACCUCUUGUUUUAUAACUCUUUUUUUGUUGUUUUGGGACUAUUUUUUAAUAACAACAUGCCAUGUCGAUAAUUACAUACAAUUUUAAUUCAAAGGGAUACAUGUACUGGAGUCGGAAAUCUAUACUUGUAACCACCCAAGGUUUUUUUAUGAAGUACUUAAUAAUUUAUCAUAUAAUUUAAUAUUUCUGUUGAUAAGUAAUAGCUUCACUAGGCAAACUGCUGUUGUCUCUCAGAGGUACAGAUAGAGAACAUGUCUGUCACUGGUCGUGCUAUUUAAUUCACUGUAUUUCAGCUGUAUUUAUGUUUUUUUUUGUUUGUUUUUUAAAUCUCAAUAUGGAGAUGUAUUUAUAUGUUCUUAAAUGAACUACUGCUCCAAUGACUGCCAAGGUAUGACUCCAACUAAUGAAUGAUAAAUGUUCAUGCACAUAUUUAUUGUAGAAUAAAAUUAUUAGUAGACAUGUAAACCUGACACAGUAGUGUUGAAGGACCAAAGAGAAGAACUGUGCACAUGACACUUCAAAAUGCCUGUGGUUGCACAAAAUAACUUACCAUUGUGAUCCUUGCAGAAAUAAACAAAGGUACCAAUAAUGUUGCAGAAUAACUUCAGCUGCCUGGAAGAUGUGGCCAUCUUUUUUUAUAUAUAUAUAAAAUCAUCAUCCUGGAGUAGUUAUCUGCAGAAGAUUUUUUUUGUUUUUAUGUUUAAGUGUAUCAUGUUAGUGAUAUUGUUCAUUCAACAAAUGAUGUUGGGCUCACGUAGCAAAAACAUGGCUACAGUGUUCCCUUCCCAUUUGUACCUGUGUACUCUUCAAAUGAUGCUGAUUGUACAUUUUAUUUGUUUCCAUAUUUUGUGUGUGAUAGAGAUACUGCUGGAAAGGUUUUUUUUAUUUCAUAAACUUUUCUUUUUGAUAUAAAAUGUGAAUUUGGUAAAUGGCUUUAUUGUACAUUACUGAUUUGUAUUCUUGCUUUAGCUUUAGCUCUAUGCACUGUAGACACUUUGGAAAUAAAAAAAUAUAUUAUUUUUAGGUGUUAAUGCCCUACAGCUAUUAGCCUAUCUUUUACUGUUGUAUAAUGUACUGUAUUUCUUCAUAUAAAACUUAAUAAAAUUCAGAAGUGAUACAGUAUAUGCUUUGGACUGUUACGUGGCUGUGUGUGUGUGUGUGUGUGUGUCUGCACUGCAGUGCCCUACAGAGAAUGGUAUGUUCUGCCGCAAGCCUACAGUACCAUCAGAGUACUUCUCCCUCUGCAGGACACCAACAGAGUAUGAAUAAGUGCACAGAAUACUUUAAAGGACAUUUCACGCCCUGACAAUGGACUUUUUAAACCACUGAGCCAGCCACAGCACUAUCACAGCUACCAUAUUAGUUUCUGGUGAUGGCUAAAUAGCACUCAGUACUGUCAUCUAUGGUAAAGUGGGUUGGUCGUCUUUGACAGAGUGGAGAAAAAAAUAAUCUGUUAAGAUAGUGUUGGGAACUUACCAGGUUAUGUUUCAAGCUAAUCUAAAAGGUUGGCAGCCAUGGAAAGUAUGUUUGUAAAAGGCUAAUUGAAAAUAAAGAAAA